AUGGAGGGUCACAUCAGUCCAAUGUUUCAGUUCUGCAAGCGUCUAGUCUCCAAAGGUCUCAAGGUUCAAAGCUUGGCUCAGCUUAUUGAGAAGCACAGCAGGUCCGAUAGCCCUGCUUGGAUUCUUGUGUAUGACUCGGUUAUACUAUGGGCACAAGAUGUGGCUGAUCGAAUGGGUCUGGAUGCAGCUCCCUUCUUCACUCAAUCAUGUGCUGUUUCUGCCAUCUCUUACCAUGAGAACCAUGGGACAUUCAAGCUUCCUUUGGAAGGGUCAAUGAUAUCAAUACCUUCCUUGCCACCAUUGGAUACUGAUCAUGAUCUGCCAUCUCUGGUUAAGGACAUGGACUCAUACCCAGCUAUUAUGAAGAUAAACUUGAAUCAAUUUUCAGCCUUCCACAAAGUGAAAUGCGUCUUCUUCAACACUUACCACAAGUUGGAACAUGAGGAACCAUUUACAUCCUCGUACCAAUACCUGUCAGUUUUUUGCUUAGCUCCUCCUAGUUUAGAUUGA